CGAAGCUCAGGACUUCUAGUUCAAUGCACUUGACUUGACUUUAUGCAUAAACCUCACUCUUUCCUCUGCACUUCAGAGCAAAAACAAAAAAAACAAAACACCGAUCAAAAUCAGCUAUUCAGAGUGAAAGAGAUGAGCUGCGGCGACUUCAUAGUUCCGCCGGGAUACCGAUUCCAUCCCACAGACGAGAGGCUGCUUAGUGACUUGAAGGAGAAGAAUCAGUGCAAGGACUCCGAGAUCCCCACCAUCAUCCCUGUUAUCGAGAUGUGCAAGCACGAGCCUCACGAGUUACCAGAACUGGCAUUCACAAGGGCGCAAAAUCUAGGCAGGAAGUUUUUCUCUUUUUUCUUCUUCUGGUUUGCAUGGGCAGAGUCUUGGGACAGUCAGGGCAAGUGGUACUUCUUCGCUCCGCGUGAUUACAAGUAUGCAAACAGCACUCGCUCCAACAGGACUACAGGGGAAGGGUUCUGGAAGAUCACAGGCAAGGACCGCGACAUCAAGGCCCGAGGCUCCAAAGCUGUGAUUGGCAGAAAGAGGAUCUUAACCUUCCAAAAACAUGGAGAGCCGAAACCCCAGAAGACCGGCUGGGUCAUUCAUGAGUUUUAUCUCAUUGAGGCACAUUCUAAUCCUCCUAAGCAGAUAGGGGACUUUGUUGUCUGUUGCUUGAAGUAUAAGUCAGACAACUCUGAUCAUGAUAAGGAUGCCCCAUUCUUCGAUCGAGGUAGCACUAGCUGCAGUAUGGCCUCCAAUGUUGAAAAUCAAGCUGAAGAAAAUUGGGCAUCCAUUGAGCAGGUUAAUGUCGUUCCAAUUCCCAAUGGGAAUGGUGAUGAAGCUGAAACUGGUGGUGGUAUGAUUACAGAAGAAGAGGAAUACCUGGCUUUAAAGGAGCUGGAAAAUGCUCUUCAGAGUCCUAUUGGCAAUCCUCAUGAAUUCCAAGGCACGCAAACUGAUCCUUGUCAUAUAGAUAAGAAUGAUCUUUCGACCUCUGUUGAAGGUCGACCUGAUAAGAGCAAUUUGUCUGAUAUGAUUGAAGAGCUACUAGAUGACCCAGAAAAUCUGGAUUCACUCUUUGAUACGCCUGCGCCACCUCAACUGCAUCAGCCACCAAUGUAUACCACCAAUGACCAUAAUGAUGAAUGUCGUAAGAGGGCAUAUCCAUUUGAGGACAAUGAGCCUUCUCUUGUGAAGAAGAAUAAUAUUUCAACCAAUGACGAUGACGAAUUAGUUAGCAAGACCGCAUCUAGUUCGGAAAAUCAAGCUGCAAAUAUGAUUCAAGAGAGAUAUUCUCAACAAGGAGCAAAUCUGGGAUCAGACUUUGAUUCAUUUCUGCCAAAGGAUUACGUUAAUACACUACCAUCAAUAAACGGAGGACCGGGAGAUUUUCCCCAUGACAAUAAUUUUAUUGAGUGGGAUGAUUUGCCAUCCUUAUACGAAGGUAUGGACUAUUCUCCCGCAAAGUUCUCACAUACAGUUAUUGAUGGUGGUAGGGGAGUAACCAGUGACGGAAACACCGAAGUAGUAGAUGGAUCGGUAAACGAUUAUUCUGCAUUAGCCACUGGAGCGUUGCUCCAGUGUAGCUAAUCAACCUUUAUUUAUAGGAGAAUAUCAAAAGGACGCCUCAGUAAUAAUGUAUCUCUGACUCACAUUAUUACAGUCGGUGAUAUUCUCCUACAAAUGAUUCAAAGAUCUCCAAGUUAUAUGAACUGCUCAGCUGUGUUGAUUGGCAUACAAUCGCAGCUAUUCCGCAUUUCUUGUACUGGAGACUUUGGAAACUUCUUAAUCGUUUUGGCAUUCAGUUACAACUUAGGACAGCAGCAAUUAUUUUGUACCUGUUUUUCUUUUCUUUUUCUUUUGGGAGUGGGGGAGGCAUUGCUGGUGUCACAGCAUCCCCUAGUGAACUUUUGGUUGAAAGAGAGACCGGCGAAUGCAUAUGGUUCAAAUGCCAUCUGGAAGUCUACCCUUCUCUGGAUGUGACGAGUCCAGGCAUAUAAAGAUGUCUCUUCUCAUAAGCAGUUCCUUGGAGGUGGAGCUUCCUCUGUCAACAUUACUACCUAAAUUCAUUCCUCAGAUUGUCUUGUCAACAGAAGUACCAAUAUUCCUUCCUCUGAUCAAACAUCGUGUCAACCUAAGUAUCGAUAUCUGUUCCUCAUAUCCAUAUUUUUCAAAUAUCCUAAAAUCAAAGUACAUACCUAUCCACAUCCAUUUCUUCAGAUCCCAGUAGUGAAUCCUCAGGACCACCAAUAGUCGUUCCUCAAACAAUUAGCCUGCAAUUAGUAUGUCCUUAAGAUCAAAGGACAUAUUCAAAACAUCAAUAUCAUCCAAUAUCCAGUCAUGGAGUCAAACAUGGGAGGUGCUCCUAGAAGAAUCCGACGGCAGAGCAGCAUCACAAGCCAAGGUGAGAUAAUCAAUCCAAAAACACUAAAGGAACCCUUUCUUUCUCACAGAAAAUAAAAUCUUACACUAAAGCUUUGACGCUAUUUGCUGCAUUCCUUAACUAAAUCUGGACUUUGUUUAUAGGUCAGUGAAGCUGCAGAGGCAUUAUAUUGCUAUUUACUGCCCCAGAAGAAACUGAAAGUCCUUGAAACAGACAACAGUUUGAAGCUAGCAGCAAUUUAAAGGAUUCUUUCAUUUUCCAGGAUGCAUCUCCUUUCAAUCCGUAAAAAGCAUAUCUUUCAGACCAAAGUCACAGUUCUAGCCUAAAGGACCACUACAGGCAACGCAACUGUUGCAUAGUCAGUAAUCUGGAAGCAGAGUUUCAUCGGACCUGCUGCUACACAGUUGCUGGAGUCUCAAAGACAUAUUAGUAAUAAUCAGAUAGCUGUAUUCUAUAUGGUUACAAUCAUUUCCAAGAUGUAUGAAUACAAUCAAAGGUCAUAGUGAGGCCUUCAGACCAAGUCCGAACACCUCAUGCCUAAAACCAAAUAAUGUAUUACUCAUCAUAUCGCUCUUGUUUGUAUUACACUAUUACCCUAAUAUUCUGGAAGAUACUGUUCAUUAGGAAGCUUUAAUGUUUAAUGGAAUUGUGUGUGUAUUAUUCCCUGUU